GUCGUCUUGUUUGACGGAGAAUGAUUGAUUUUGGGUCAGGUACCCGUAUUCAUUCAGCCGCACAAAGAAAAAAAUUGUUUCCCUUUGUUGUCAGUUCUGGAACAUUCGCUAUCUCUAGUGUUUGCUGAAAUAGAAAACUUGUUUUAUUUCUUAUGCAAACAGCCUUGAAGCGACAUGUCGAAAACGAGAUAACAUAUUCAGUGAAACCUCAUUUUAUGAGUCUUUGUUUUGGCGUAGAACUUUCUGGAACACUUCGCGGAGCAGAACAUGAUCGCCAACGUGGACAUCGUUUCUUUGCGGUUCUAAGGUAGACCGGGUGUUUUUUUCUAUUGUUGUAGACAGGAUAAAGUGAAGUUUAUUUAAAAAUCUAUGAACGUUCGUACCAGGAUAAAUAUAAAUUAUAGCUGGCGUCAUUAACCCCACGUUCCCUCGAAGGUAAAUUGCCGCUUUGUUGAGAAAGAUAUUGCGUCGUCAUUUUGAUUUAAGACAGCAGUAUUUCUCUUUUACUUCAAUGAAAAUACUGGUGAUCACGAUAGUAAAAUUUCAGUUUCUUAGCAUUGUAUCAAAUUUUCGUAAAUAUAUUUCGGUUUUAUAACUUUGUGAUGUCCGCAAAUAUAGGUCCUGAAUGGAGCUCUUGCAGUGACCAGUAAUACUAUCCGGCUUCCCACGUUAAUUUUCGGAUCUAUUUGCGAUUCGGCGCGCUGUUCACGAGGAACACACCAUUAUGGAGCAGGACUUAAUGGCGAAGCACUUCGACGAACUGAGGAAAAGGUUUGCUUUCUUAUUUGGCUUUCAACAAGCAACGUUUACAAGGGAUAAUAGCAUUCACCUCUUUCCCUUGCAAUCUCAUUAUUGAAAUGAUAACUUAUUUAGGGUUUUGUAUCUGUAAUCCCCCGUAUCAUUUUCAUACAUGCUGACGACAAGAACGGAUUCAGUCCAGUUUUACAUUUUUAAGUCGAAGCGUUUCAUCGCCGACUAGUUUUUAAGUAGGUAAAUGCAUGAAAUAUACAUUGCACGACUUGAAAAUCCUGUGUAUGGUCUUUUGCACUCCGAAUUGUGAAAACAAAAGAUGUAUUUAAAAUAGCUCUUAAACGUAAUAAUUUUCGGAUUUUUGUUAUCGUGGAGGCGUCAUAGCUCGUCAUCCAAUAUUAUUUUCUAUUUUGAUUCUAUUUGCUGGAACUGUCAAACACUGAAUUGAAGUCUUUUUUUACAGUACGAUGAAGAAAACUGGCUCUGGGAAGUCGUCCCACGGAAGAGCAUUUACAUCACAAUAACGCCGUAUUGGUAUAAUCUGCAUCUUGAAUACAGUGUCUUUAAUUUAGUUUUUUCUUCCGUUUUAUGUUCUUCAGUAAAAGAAAAAUAUGUUCAGAGUUUUAUAUCAAGAGCAGAGAAUACUUUACUGAUGAUAGUAUUCUUUUUAUUGUGAAAACACGGCGUAACGCUAUAAGGAAACAAAGUCUGUGACCCGUAUCAAAUGUUGGACAUGAUUUUUCUAGCAAACGAGAUAGUUCAAAAUUAGUUAAAUUGCUCGAAUUUUAGGAGAUUUUAAAAUAGCCCUGUCCGCGCUUCGUUUGCACUUUUGGUAAAGUUCGUACAACAAAACAAACACAAAACCGAAAAGGGCAGCUGGGAAGACAGAUAGGUUCUUUCUAGUUUUCUGCCAACUUCGAUAAAAGCGUUGCCUGGCUAGUGCCUAGGCGUCGAAUUUGCCGCGCGCAGCCGACGAAUUUCAUGUAAUUCCAUACGGGGACUUGACUAAGUUUUCUAGAUCAUAUCCUGUAGAUAUCUUUUUUACUUUUAUAAACCUAGCGAUCAAUAUCACCUUUUCCCAAGGUUAAGGUUUUCCCCUCGUUUUAAGGUGCAGGUUUUGAGAGCGUUCGUAUUUACGCGAUUUUCGAGUUUGUUCACUUGUCUGAUUUAAAUCGGUUUGUGUUGUCACCACCUUUUUGAAGGGAAGCAAUGUUUUUUGUCCAUCGUCAGGCUAAGUUUUUACUAAAAGCUAACAGCUGUCAUUAUGUAGUCAGUCGAGUGUGACUUCUACAAACUUUAUGAUAUAGUUCUUAUGGCUCGGCUGUUGUUAAGUUGAAAGCGAAUUGUUAAUUGGAAAGAAGAACGAAGACGAUUCCGUGAUGUGAAAAGUGUGAAACGGUACCGCUUAGGUUGUUAAAAGGGGAAAAUCAAGUUUAGAAUUGUGGCGGAAACAUUUAGCCAAGAAAAUGUUUUUAAUAGUGACAGCUAAGGAUUAAAGUGAUUUUCAUUCUCCCCCCAAAAUAUAGAUUAUUGUUCCUUUUAAGGGUUGUAAAAAAUUUCUAACGAUCUUCUUCCUCGUCAUUUCACAUGUAAUACCCCAGUGGGUAAGUGUUGUUUUUGUCAUUGGCCACUCGGUUGGCUCUAUUCAUCCAGUUCAAUUUGGCUGAGGUAAAAUUGUUUGCUAGAGUAAAGAAUCGUGCGUUAGUAAUUUGGCCUAAAAUAGGUAACAUAGUUUUCUGCACAGAGUAAGCACGUAUAAGUUUGUUUGAACGAAGCCGGAAUUCUCUGCACUAUUAAACACAGCAGUCGUUUGACAUUUUAACUUUUAAAUUGGCUUAACGUUUGGUCAUGAAAAGUUCCGGUCACUUUUAACUCACCGAGGCAGAGGCCAAAAAUUUGGCAAAUUAUCAUAAACAGUAUUUCAUUUCGAAAAAAAUUGAACAUCCGAAGAAGCCGACGGGGCUAAUGUCGUGCUAGUUUUAUUGUAAUGGCGAAAUGACAAUAUUUAUGCGUUUAUUGAGGGAAAAAAGUUCCAGAUGUUUCGAUUUUUCUUUAUUAAAAUUUUAGCUGCAUCACGUGCGCUGUAGAAACAAGUUGGUUUUCCCAAAAAAUCGUCUUUUUUCGCCGCCAGACGCGGUUUAGCAGAAAUGCCGGAAAGUAGUAGGUUUAUACAUCCAGAAUAUUUUUUUUCUGCUUUUUGCGCUAAGCUUUCAUCUUACCGCAGCACACUCUAAACAGAAGCUGCAAUCACGUGUAUGAAACUGUAGAAAACGUGUAAAUCAUGCGUUCUCAUGAAAUUAAGGACAGCGAAGACGCGCUAAGAGGAAAAAACUAAUAUCGGUUGUUAUAACGUGUAUGCAGAAAACGUCUUUUUACUCCGAAAAUACCAGCUGAUUGAUAUCGGUUUUGCGGUAGAUGUCAAAGGAUGUUUUAAUCUGGAAAAGACUGUGGUAUCACAAAUUUAAAAAUCUUAAUGUACAAAUUAGUUAUCAAAGUGCAUAAGUUAUUCUUUUGUAGUCAUGUGAUUAAGGUGCAUCUUCGGACGAGUGGGGGGGGGACAGGGAAUCUGGCAGAGCCAACCCACGCUAAUGUGUACAUGGUCGGAAACUCUCAACUGCUUUAAUCAUGCAGCAGACAAAAACAAGGGAUAUAAAAAACAGCGUACUGUUUACAGUAGCAAAAAGGGGAACAACAGUAGCGUCAAAAAAAAUAUUAGACAAAACACAGACUACCAACUCUCCCAACUCCGCGGUGUGGCCUGUACCCUACGCAUGCGCACAGCCAUAUCAUCCACAGUGGUAGCCAUGGAUAGCUGUUUCGCCCUUAUUAGGACUUAUCGGCAUGGCAUAGCCGUCAGACUCCCGUGUUCACGGGUGUGUUUUCUCCCUGAAUUUGGUGUUGUUAGAAAAUAUUACCCAUCUUAAACUGAGCAUGGGUUACGCGUUAACUUCGUGGUAUGACACUCGCGGGUAUAAAUUAUUUACCUUUUUAAAGGAUAGAAACGUUGUGUAACUAUCUUGGCUCCCUUCAAGUCUGCUAUAUAAACAUUCUUGGAUGAAAUGAGCCACGUAUAAGGUUUAGAAAAGUAACCUUAACCGACGGCGGCGACAGCGGAGAAAUUGCCGCUUUAAAAGUUAAUUCGCGGUCUUUCAAUCUUCAUCGCGACUAUUACAAAUUACUUACUUUGUCAAAUUUAGGCGAUCUCUCCAGGAGUUGAAUUUCUAGAACUAUAUUCAGUUUUAGUAAAAGAAAGAAGGUUUCCUCCAGGCUAGCCUGAGUAUCAGGCGUUUCUGGGGGAAAAGGGGAAAGAUGGAAGCGAAAAAGGGAGAGAGCUGAAGGAAAGAAACACCUGACACAGAUGCUUUUACUGGAGCCUUCCUUUCUCUUCUCCCCCCUCCCCCCUCCCCUCCCCCAUCAAAAAUCUCGUCUCCCCUAUCCCCUUAGGAAGGCCUGUUACUCAGGCUACUCCAGGCUUGUUUACGUCCUCCAUUAAACGUGAAAUUAGGCAUUUUCCCGUCGUAUUCGUACAGCGACGACAUAGAAAUGUACAAAAAUUGUGCUGCACGUGCGAAGUUGUUGUUUUGCUAAUUAAACCUCUUGCUUUUUUGACGGUCUGCUGUUGUAAGGUGUAAUGUGUUUUAAUCUUCCGUUCCAUUUACAGCCUUUCCAGUGACAGCGAACGGAUAUUAACCAAUCUACUCAGCUCGCCGGCGUACUCUUCAGAUUUCUUUAAGAUGGACGGGGAGAGACCUAGCCAGCCUGUGAGGAGAGUAGGGGAAACAGUUCGUAUAGCGUGCUUAGACAUCGGCUCUUACCGCCCACAGGACAUGGUAUGGCAGGUUGAAGACGAGCACGUAUUGGUACAAGGAAAGCGCGCCCAGAGGGUUGAUAAAGGCGUCGAAGGAGCAAAAUUUUCAAGAGCUAUUCCUAUCCCAGAUGGAGUGGACCCGAAGCGAAUAUCAACAAGAUUUAACGACAUAGACGGACAAUAUAUCAUUGAGGGAGUGAAAUUUGAAAAGGAACAACGUACGCCGAAAAGGAAGACUAGUUGUGAGGUUUUUAAUGAGGCGAAAAUGACUUUGACAAUCGAUUUAGGAAACUCCAGGGCACAGAAACUGGUUCAUAACGAUUUAAGUAUGAACCACUUGACAGGAAACAGGCGCGUCUUUGAUCCUGAAACGGAUAAAAUUGUAAUUUAGGGUUAGUGUUUUAAAGACUGGUUUGCUCAUGCCUAAAUGGAGGCUGAUUGAAAUUUUGAGCGCAAAACGCGUGUACACGCUCGUGGUUUGGCGUCUUGCAACUUUUUGUGAGUGAGGGGAAAUUCCAGAAGAAAGAUAAUGGUUUGCCCGAAUAGUUAAGGAGAAUGAUUUUUUUAAGGGGCUUGAACAGCUGAACAUGCGUUAAAGUUUGCCAAAGCAAGACUGUUACGUGGGUUGAAAAUGUGUCGAAAUUAAUUUUGUCAGUCUUGAGCUGGAAAAGAUAGUAUGAUGUAUUUUGAGCUAUGACAGGUCAGGCAAUUUCUGAAUCGACCUAUCAAAUCGAAUCUGGCAACAUUUUGGGUGCAAAACCAAAGUUUCGUUACGAAAGUUAACAUAUACGUUCUUUACCCCAUUUGUAUGUUUUUGCGAUAAAUUUUAUUGGUUAAUUCAGUUUUUUGGAAUUUGUUGGUGACGUGUGACUGAUUCCCGAUUACAUAUUUGUAUUUGACUGACUAAUUCAUUGUAUGAUUUUAUAGAAAUUUUGAGGUCAGAACUACACCACUAUUUAAUGGAUUAAUGAUCAUUGCAUCUCUUGUUUCAAUGGACCAUUUUGAGGAUGCGAGUGGACUGAGCCGGUGUCGCGUCGAAAUGCACUGUGGGACUGUUUGGGGAGACGAAUUUUGACCCAGCUUCCAUUGCAGCCUCGUGAUAGUAAAUUACCAAAGCGACAGUAUCCAUACAAUUGCCCCAUAGUGCAGUUCGGUACAACACCGACCUAGUCAAGCACAAACUCCAAAUGGCCGGUCCAGGGACCAGUUUCUUGUACGUCCCGAUAAUCAACGGGCCUGCAAAGCUGUUGUUGUUUACAUGCAAGAUAGAGGUUUCAAUAGUUUUGCAUCUAACUUGAUAAAACUGUCAGUUAAUGAAACAAAAUGGAGUAGUUUGCUAGCCAGGACCCGUGCUUUUAUUCCUUACAUUUCGAUUUGAAUAUUUGAUUUGGGGCCCGUAAAGUUACCGGGACUUUCGAGAAACGGCCCCCAAGCCCCUAAGUUUUCUUUUAGAAUUACAUUAUCAACGUUGUGUGAAAAUCGAUCUAUUGAAAAACAAAACGAGUCUUAGUUAAUGAAGGAUUUUAUUGCAUGUUUCAUUUUCUUAGUGCUCACGCGCUCCCCACUUAGAGGGUUCUCAUUAGGGCCUUUCAAUCCCGUAAUCUUGGAGGCCCCCAACAACAGCAACAACAAUAACUUUAUUUAUCAACGGUUAAAAAUCAUCAGGCUAAGUGAACUACUACAAAAUUGUAACCUAUUUAAGUAAUUGAAAUUUUAACUAAUUAACGGUAAUAAGAUUCUUAAUCAAAAAAAUUGUGCCUGCUUGACAUGAUUGCCGUGAUCAUUGCAGUCGUGUUUAAAAGCGGAAAGAGUUUGCGCUCGCGGCAGCUCAAUGGGUAGAAUAUUCCACGGCACCGAACCUCUGUAGCUGAAACUGUUUUUAACAUAAUUUGUGCGGGGCAGUGGAAUAGCUAGCUUGCCCUUAGAAUCCCUGACGGAGUAACUAGAGACUUCAAGGAAAACAACGAAUUCAAAUAUUGCAGGGCGAGGCCAUUUGGAGAAUUAUAAACCAUAGCUGCAGUUUGAAUUUUCUGUUGAGCCUCUAGCUUUUU